CCUCCCCCGCGUUCUUCUCCCCGUUUCUUAUUCUCCUCCUCCUUUCCUCUGUACUCCUCCGCUUCGGUUCCCAACCCUUACCCUGGAAUUCAUGGAGGCGAGGGAGACGAGAGAAAAACCCUAGGAUUUCUCUGAUCGUUCUUGAUGUUGAUCCCGAUGCGAUCUCGCCGCUCGCGGUUCUUGAGCUGAGAUCGGCCGAUGGAUGCCCGCGGCGCCGCCGGCUCCGGAGGAAGCGGCGGAAGGGGGAUCGCCUUCUGCCUCCUCGUCUUGGUCUCUCUUUUCGUGGCCUCCGAGGCGUUGCCGGCUCUCGCUGGUGGAGAGGAAGGCGCUAGGAAGAUUAGCCUAGAUUUAAAGAGUUUGCCGGCAUGGGCGAAAGAUCUCUUAAAGUUGACACCAAUGGCACCAGAACCGACAACUUCGGCUCCAAGUGCAAAAUUCCCGCUGGUUUUAGCGGCAAACAGAACAAGGAGGCCGGAUGUGCUUGAUAACUUCAGAAUGUAUGGCGGAGGUUGGAACAUUACUAACAAGCAUUACUGGGUGUCUGUUGCGUUUACAGGAGCUGCUGGAUUUGUUCUUUCAGCAUUGUGGUUUGUUUCUUUUGGGUUGGUUUUAGGUGUACAUCUCUGCUGUAGACGGGGAAUGGGAACCAAAGAGGGAGGAUCAUUCUGUGCACGACGUAUUUGUCUUGCAUUGUUGAUGCUCUUCACAUGUGCUGCAGCGACCGGGUGCAUUCUUCUCUCUGUGGGCCAGAAUGAGUUCCAUGAGGAAGUUUUGGAUACUUUAAAGUUUGUUGUCAAUCAAUCAGAUUUCACUAUUCAGAUACUAAGGAAUGUCACAGAUUUUCUGUCCUCUGCCAAGACAAUUAAUGUGGCAGAGGUCUAUCUCCCGCCGGAAAUUUGGAAUGAAAUUGACAAGUUAAAUGGAGAGUUAAAUGGUGCAGCUAGUAUCCUAUCAGAGAAAACAAAUGAAAGUUCUGAGAAAAUCAGAGCCGUCAUCGAUGACUUGCGUUGCAUAUUGAUUGUGGUAGCAUCACUGAUGCUUUUGCUGGCCAUACUUGGUUUCUUGCUUUCAGUUUGGGGUCACAAACAUGCAAUUUAUGUAUUUAUAAUGAGUGGUUGGCUCCUUGUGGCAGUUACCUUCAUUCUCUAUGGAUUUUUUGUGAUCCUUAAUAAUGCUGCAGCAGAUACUUGUACCGCAAUGGAUGAGUGGGUGCGCUAUCCUCAGGCAGAGACAGCUCUCAGUAACAUUCUCCCAUGUGUUGAUGAGCAGACAACAAAACACACACUCUACCAAAGUAAAGAAGUGGUUCGACUGCUCGUAAACAUGGUCAACAUUGCAGUUUUUGCUAUUGCAAAUUCAAAUGCUGCAUUCCAAAAUGUGUUCAAUUUUUACAAUCAGUCUGGACAGCCAAUGCCAUCUCUCUGCUCCCCGUAUGAUUCUCAGCUGAAUGAUCGGCAAUGUGAACCUCAAGAGGUGUCAAUCACCGAUGCACCAGUGGUUUGGCAGAACUACACGUGCGAAGUUUCGGUUUCAGGUUUAUGUAUCAGCAGUGGAAGGAUUACUCCAGAUAUAUAUUUUCAUCUGUCAGAGGCAGUAAAUGCGAGCUAUGCCCUCUACCACUACACUCCGCUAUUACUCAGUCUUCAGGAUUGCAGAUUCGUCCGAGAAACGUUCGACACCAUCACCACAAACUACUGCCCCAAUCUGGAGCACGACCUCCGCAUGGUCAGUGUUGGACUGGCCCUGAUAUCCAUCGGGGUCUUGCUCUGCCUCAUCUUGUGGAUUUUCUAUGCGAACCGCCCCCAAAGGGAGGAGGUGUUUGCGCCGCUGUCUGAAGUGAAGUUUGCUCCAAAUAGCAACAUUUCCGUAAGAAUCGAUGUAUCAUCCUAGUGUACGUAGAUCUAAAAAUAUAUGAAGCAUUGCAUUCCUUCCCUCCGCCCCUCCCAAAAAAGUGGGGCGAAGCACCAUCUGGGUGAAAAAUAUAUCAUCUAAAUUCGUAUAUAUGAGCACUUAUUCUUGCACCGGUAGCAAUUCAUCAACUUUGGCCUUCUCCAUGGUAUUUGGAGCAAUGAGCUAUAAAGGUGAGUUCUAUUGUAA